AGCAGCAGUGAAAGGCGUGUCCGCGUUUCCUGGCGGCGUCGUCUCCCGUCUUUUUGGAUUUGACAUCAGCAAAAUGGUUGCGGACUUGGCUAGUAAGUCGGGUGCUGCGGGCGCGGCGGGGGGAAUGCCGCAAAUGCUUGCAAUGAACGGUCUCUCCACGGGUGCCGGCCUUAUUCAAGCCGCAAUGUCCACUGUGCUCCAGAUCGUGCCCCCCAUGGUGCCGCCGCCGGUGUGGAUCAACCAGCCGCUGCCCUGCAUGCCCAUGGUCACUGGUCACAAUUGUGUCGGGUCCGUUCUCUACCCUAUCACCGCCGCGGACUUUGUCACUGCUGACGUCACUGAUGCGCAGUUGGA